UUGCAGGAUGGGGGCCGCGUAGCGGUAGAUUUGCUGACUUGACUACCUUUCCCACCUGAUUUCCGGACUUUGUAUGGCCUGACUUUCCACCUGAGAAAACGCCGAAGCACCUCGAAGUCUACCAAACGGAAAUAAAAUAAUCUCUCUCUCUUUCUCUCUUUCUCUCCUCUGGAUUUUCUUUUAGGAUGGUGGCUCCUUGAUUUGCCAUAGUAAGAGGAGGAGAGCGCGAGAAGAGUAGAGGAAAAAGGGAUGUUCAAGUUGCACAGGCACAAGUUCGAUAGAUUGGACGACAGGGUCGAGUUCACAUUCUCCAAUUUCGAGGCAUUUCAGGUUCCUAGAGGAUGGGAGAAGCUUUUUCUUUCUAUCAUUUCUGUGGAGACUGGAAAAGCAAUUGCUAAGUCCAGCAAAACAACAGUACGUGGUGGAACUUGUCAAUGGGCUGAGACUUUGUCAGAAUCUAUAUUGGUUUCUCAAGAUGAUGCAUCAAAAGAACUUGAAGAAUGUCAAUUUAAAAUUGUUGUUUCCAUGGGAUCAGCUAGAUCUGGUAUUCUUGGAGAGGUUGUUUUGAAUCUAUCAGAUUAUCUAAGUUCAAGAGACUCUGGGCCUCUUUCGUUGUCACUGAAUAAGUGCAACUAUGGCACGAUUUUACAGCUCAGGAUCCAGUGUGCCACCAUAAAAUCUAAAUCAAGGGAUGGGAAUUCUUGGGGAGAAACAUCAUGUCUUCAAGAUCUAAAUACGAACAAUGAUGACAUGGACAACAAAUUAGAUGAAUCUGACAAUAUGUUCGAUAGAAGUGUGGGGUCUUCAUCAAGCAAUCAUUCGGGCACUACUUAUCCAAAUGAACUUGGAAAUAUGGACAGAAGUUUCUCAGCAUCAGGGUCACAUCGAAGUUCAAAUUCGGGGGAUAGUUUCAUAGGAAGGAUGAUUUUUUCUCCCAAAAACAACUUAAAUGGGGGAGCAUACAUGGGGAGACAAGAUUCAACUGACCCUCAUGUUAGUUCAACAUAUAGUGCACGUGCUGGUGAUGAUAUUUCUAAAUCAAAUCAGUCAUCGUUCAAUUCUAGAGUCUCAGGCUGCUCUAAUACAAAUCUGUGGCAAGAGAGUGCCACACAAACAUCCAUAAAUGGCCUUGCUGCAUUAUCAUUAAGACCCUCUGAUUCUGCUAAAGAUCUUCUUGAAACUGCUGAAGAAACUAUUGAGGAACUUCGUGAUGAGGCUAAGAUGUGGGAGAGACAUGCUCAGAAGUUAAAGCUUGAUGUUGGGGUACUAAAGAAGGAAUGUUCUGAAAAAUCCAAGCAUCAAGCAGACCUUGAAAUGAAUCUUUCAUCUGCAUACACUGAACGUGAUUCUCUGAGACAAGAGGUUGAACAAUUGAAAUCAUCAUUAGAGGAGUUAAUGAGCAAGAAAACAAAUAGUGAUACUGGCUCUGCCAAAAUUGAAAGUGUGCUCCGUGUGCAAAAGGAACUGGAGGAUGAGUUGAAGUUUCUGAAAGAAUCCAAUGCCGGUCUAACUCUACAGCUCAAGAAGAUGCAAGAAUCAAAUAUUGAGCUUGUUUCUAUUCUUCAGGAAUUGGAAGAGAUCUCAGAAAAACAGAGAUUGGAGAUAGAAAACCUUUCACAACAGAAUCAUGUAAGUGAACUUGAUGGGGACCUGAGGAGUCUAUCUUUAUCUGAUACUGAUACAGAAUGGAGAAGAAAACUAUCUCUAAAAGAAGAAGAAAUCAUCAAGUUAGAAGAGAAGCUGUCUGACAUGAUGAAUGCUCAACACAGUGAAAUGGUAUCUGGUGAAUGUCAUUCUGACCUGAUAAGAGAAAUCGAAGUAUUAAAAGCUAAAGUGCAGGAGCUAGAGAAAGAUUGUGCUGAACUUACAGAUGAGAACCUAGAACUCAUAUUUAAGGUGAAGGAAUUGAGCAAGGACAUAAAAGAAGGGAAGGGUUCUCCUGGUCCUAACUCUUCCGAGUCUGAAAUUGACUUACUUAAAUCAGAUAUACAUCAGCUGGAGGAGGAGCUCAAGAAGAAGGAAAUAUCAACAGAUGGAGAUACAGUUGAGCCAUCAACAACCAAGCUCAAGGACCUUGAGAGAAAAUGUGCUAAUCUUGAGUUUGAAAUACAACAUUUCAAGGAUCAAACAUGUGAUCUUGAGAUAAAGCUUCAAAAAAGCCAAGCAGAAAUGGAAGAAAAGAACUUAGAGUUAACUGAACUCCACCAAAAACUUGAAAACUUCCAUGCUACUGACUUGGGUCUUGACAUCAUUACUGAAAGAAGGGAAAUUGAAUCAUGGAGCACAUCAGAAAUGCUAAGAAUGUAUUCUGAGAUGAAUAAGCAACUUCAUUUUGCUCUCUCUCAUGUAAGAAACCUACGUUCUGAUGGUAACUCUGAUGGAAAUACAGAGUAUAUCUGUGAUCCUGAUUUUAUGGUUUCUAUCAGUACAGAUAUUAGCACUCUGAAGGAGCAGGCAGGGGUUAUGACAAAUAAGUUGCUUGAGUUGAAUGAGCUAUUAAGGGGCUGCAAGUCUAUAUUUCAAAAUAGAGACAUAGUCGCUGAGCAAGGAGGUGUUGAUUCUACUGAAACACAAGAGCAGCCAAAAGAUAACAGUUUGUUGGAACAAGAAAUUGAAAACCUGAAGGCAGAAAUGCAAUCCAGAAGCAACAGUAUUAGUGAAGAGUUAGAGGAAAGAAACUCUAAGAUGGAGGAGCUCAAGGUUGAGAUGUUGUUAAAAGAACAGGAAAUUGAUAUUCUGAAACAUUCCAAAAGGGAACUAGAAGAUAUUAUUUUUAAUCUUCAAAAUGAUAAAGGUCAGUUGGAAGAAGAUUUGGCAAUUGCACAUGGAGAAUGCAGUGUAACCUCUAAAUACUUGGAAGAUGUGCAUCAUGAUCUAAUGGAACUUACUAGCACGAUUGAUUCUCAUAUGUCUGCUAAUAAGAUGCUAGAAAGGAAGUCAAUUGAACUUGAAAGUUACAAAAAGGAGCUAGAGUUACAUAUAUCUGAGAUGGAACAACAGAAUGUACAAUUAUCAGAACAUAUAUCUGGCUUAGAAGCUCAAUUAAGACACUUGACAAAUGAGAAUGAAUUAACAAGGCUAGAACUAGAAGAUUCAAGGUCUCUUAUAAUGGAUCUUGAGGAUAAAAUUGAAAAAAAGGAAUCUAAAAUGGAAACACAAAAUGUGGAACUGAAACAAAAACUGCAGGAAUCGCAAAAACAGUUGUUUGAAGUGCAAGAGGAAUCAGAGGUUUUAAGGAGAUCCCAUUCUAAAUUACAAUCAAUGGUUGAGAGUCUUAUUGAAGAGUGCAGCUCGCUGCAGAAGUUAACUGAAGAUUUAAGGGGAGAAAAACUAGAGUCGCAUGAACGCAUUACACAUCUGGAGGUUGCAUUGGAUGAGUCACAGGCAAAGAGUUCUUACUUUCGUAAAAGAGUUGAGUUCUUGGAGGUAGAACUUUCCUCGUUGCAAAAUGAUAUUGCUUCAAAAGAGAAAUUACUGCUGUCAGAACUGGAAAGUAUUUUCCAAGAGCACAAGGAACAUGAAGAGGGAUUAAGACAGGCACAUAUCAUGUUGAAUAAGAUUCAAUCAGAAAAGGCAGUUGAAGUGGAGAAUCUUGAGAGAGAGUUUGCACACCUCACUGCACUGUUGUCAUCAAAACAUGAUGAACAAGAAAGAGCAGCAUUAGAUGCAGCACAUGAAGUUUCAUGCCUGCAAUCAGAUAAGGCUAAACUGGAAUGUAGUCUUCAGGAGGUCAAUGAGAAGGUUAAGCUGUAUGAGACUGAGGUACAAACUAUACGACAAGAUUCCAAAAAUAUGGUUCAAGGGUUAGUUGAUUUGCUUAAUGCAUCCAAACAGAGUGAGGAAAUGUUGAUGACUGACAUCAAGCAUAUGCAGAGACUAUUAGAGGAUGCCAAAUCUAGUGAAGAGAAAUUCAGAAACAUGGCAAAGGAACUGAAAUUAAAGAUUAAAGCUUCUGAUUAUGAAAAACAACAAACCGUGGAAGAGAUUUCUGGGUUAAAUGUUCAACUGCAAAAAAUAUCUCAUCUUCAGGAUGAAAUCUUGGUUCUUAAAACUUCUCUAGAUGAGGCAAAGUUUGAAAGGGGAAAACUAGAAGAGUUACUGCAGUCACUAACUGAAGAAUGUGAAGAAUUGAAAACAGAGAAAGUUUCUUUAAAGAAGAAAGUUGCAGACAUGCAGAAGGCUUUGUAUGAUGGCGAAGAUGAUAGAUGCAGUAGAAUUGCUUUGGAAGAAAAGCUUCUGAGACUGGAAAGCAGUCUGACUGCUCAAGAAGCAUCAUAUGCUUAUGAAGAUGAAUUGAAGAAUGAACUUCAUGCAGUCAAGAGAACAAACAAAGUGUAUCAAAGAGAAAUACAAUCACUUGAGCAGGAAAAAGAUGAGUUGAUGAGGAAAACACAACUAAUUGAGAGGGAACUGAUGAUGAAAAAUGAUCAUAACCAGGAUGACAAAAUUUCGAUUGAGAGUGGAAUAGAGCGGCAUACUAGUAAGCAUAAUAUGGAAAGGCAAUCACUAAAUUUUCAAAAUGGUGACCAUCAUUUCGAUGCUAGGGAACCAAAGACAUUGGGGGGAAACAAGCUUCAGGAUCAUAUGGGAAGGCCACAAGUCAGCAAAGAAGUUGACCUCGAAGCAAAGGUCCACUUACUAGAAAUUAGACUUGCUGAUGCUUUGGAAACAAAUACUACAUAUAAGGUGCAACUUCAGAGGUAGGUCAAUUCAUAUUUA